AUGGUUGAGUAUGACCGUCUUAUUUUCAUUCGCCAUAAUCAAAAUCAACUAAGGGCAGAGUUGUACAAAAAUAUAAUACAUGCAUCGGAUAAAGGGGAGGAUGCAGCUGUUAAAACUAGAAAGCGUAUUAUUCUUCCUUCUUCAUUCACAGGCGGACCUAGAUAUAUGGCUGAGAAUUGUAAGGAUGCUUUUGCAAUCUGCCGUUGGGCUGGAUAUCCUCAUCUUUUUAUAACAAUUACCUGCAAUCCUAAGUGGCCAGAAAUUACACAGUUUCUUAGGGCCAGAAACUUAAACGUUGAAGAUCGACCUGAUAUUCUUUGCAGAGUUUUCAAGUUCAAGUUAGACCAAUUGCUCCAUGAUUUAAAAAAAGAACAUGUUCUUGGCAGAGUUAAUGCAUAUGUUUGUACAAUUGAAUUUCAAAAACGUGGACUCCCUCAUGCUCAUAUUCUGUUGUUCUUGCACCCUUCUAACAAGCCCAACAGUGGACUUGAUAUUGAUAGAUUGAUUUCAGCAGAGAUUCCUAACAAGGAAACCCAUCCUUCUCUCUUUCUUGCUGUCACAAGUUACAUGAUGCAUGGUCCCUGUGGUGCUAACAAUUACAAGUCACAUUGCAUGAAGGAGGGAAAGUGUAUAAAGAAAUUUCCAAAGGGUUUUUGUUCCCGUACGAUUAUUGAUGAUGACGGAUUCCCUCAUUAUAAGAGAAGAGAUAAUGGGAGGGUUGCGAAGAAAAAUGGUGUUGAACUUGAUAAUCGUUUUGUUGUGCCUUAUAAUGCAAAACUCUUUUUAAAGUACCAGGCUCAUAUUAAUGUGGAAUAUACCUGUCAGACCAGUGCUAUUAAAUAUCUUUUUAAAUACAUUCAUAAAGGAAAUGAUAGAGUUACUGCUGCUAUACAUCAUUCAGAUGAUGAAAUUAAAAUGUUUUAUGAUUGUAGUGGAGAAGAUUCCUAUCUUCGAAUGCUUCUUAAUUUUAAAACGGGUUGCACAAGUUACGAGGACUUGAGAACUAUCAAUGGGGUGAUGUUUCCAACAUUUAAAGAUGCUUGCUAUUCUCUUGGACUUUUGGAUGAUGACAAUGAAUACAUUGAUGCAAUUAAGGAGGCAAGUUCUUGGCAGUCAGCUUUUUAUCUUAGACGUCUUUUUGCUCUGUUGUUGUUCGGUAACUCAAUGAAUAGACCUGAAAAUGUUUGGGGGAAGUGUUGGCAAUUUCUCUCUGACGAUGUUCUUUAUCGACAUAGAACAACAGUAGGACAUCCAGAUGCAAAUCUUACUGAAGAACAAAUAAAAAACACAACACUUGCUGAAAUUGAUAAAGUGCUACAGAGUAAUGGAAAAUGCCUUUCUGAUUACCCUUCAAUCCCCUGCAUCACUGGUGCAUCUUUGCUUGAUAUGCACAAUCGCUUAGUGCUUGAUGAAUUACUGUAUGACAGAUUGUUUUUGGUUGAAGAACAUAAAAGACUAAUGAGUUCCCUUACAGAUGAGCAAAAAGUUGUCUAUGACAAGAUAAUUUCAGCAGUUUCAGUGGGUACAGGGGGAUUCUUUUUUCUAUACGGCUUUGGUGGUACAGGAAAAACAUUUAUUUGGAAUACAUUGUCAGCAUCCAUUAGAUCAAAAGGCGAAAUUGUACUUAAUGUUGCUUCUAGCGGGAUUGCAUCACUUUUGCUUCCUGGAGGCCGGACAACACACUCUAGAUUUCGUAUUCCAAUUCAGAUCACUGAGGAUUCAACCUGUAAUAUACGGCAGGAUUCUAAUAUUGCCGAAUUGCUGGCGAAAACAAAGCUAAUCAUCUGGGAUGAAGCUCCAAUGGUACACAGAUUUUGCUUUGAGGCUCUAGACAAAACACUUAGAGAUGUUCUUAGAUUUUCUGAUUCAAGUUGUGUUGAUAAACCAUUUGGUGGGAAAGUUGUUGUUCUUGGGAGUGACUUCAGGCAAAUCUUACCUGUUGUUCCUCAUGGAAGCAGACAAGAUAUAGUCCAUGCAACCAUUAAUUCUUCUUGUCUUUGGUCUCAUUGUCAAUUAUUAACUUUGACCAAGAACAUGCGGCUUAGUUCUGGAAGUGACAUUCAUAAUUUAAUGGAAAUAAAGGAAUUUUCUGAUUAG